AUGAACAAAACAAAUUUAACCGAGGGACUGGUUUCAAUGGACAUUGGUUUAGAAGGUUGGAGAGCGUGGAAACAGAACUUCACACCAAUCAUAAUCAUCAUUGGCCUUCUUGGAAAUACGGUGUCUUUCAUGGUCUUUGUAUUUUCUCAUCUCCGGAAAGUAUCAAUUUCAGCUUAUCUUUGCGGUCUAGCUGUUUCAGACUCGGGCUUCCUGAUAACAGUUGGAGUAGUUUGGCUUGAUGGUUUCACAAAAUCUUCCUUGUUCGACACGGAUGCUAAAUGCAAAGUGCUGGUAUUCAGUACAUUUGCGUUCAGCUUUUUGUCAGUUUGGUAUGUGGUUGCAUUUACAGCCUCAAUAUAUUGCUCUGUUUUCUAUCCCCUAUGGAGCAACAAGAUCUGUAAACGAAGGGUUACUCUUAUGGUAACAUAUGCUCUAGUUGGGUUUGCCACCUUAGUUUACCUUUUGUCAUUUUGGUUCGUGAAAGCAGUUUCUUACGCUGGGAGGCAAGGCUGUCAACUCGGUGACGGCAUUUAUGUCAGAGGUAUGUCCAUCGCUGACACAGCUCUAACCCUUCUCAUUCCCUUCAGUCUUCUCAUUAUAAUGAACGUGCAAAUCUUUUUAGAUAUGAUAAAAUUUUACGGCCCAAGUAAGUCUGCUAAUAAUUGCGAAGCUCAAGGAGAUGGCUUACCAUCUAGCUCUGGAGAUAACACAGACUAUACUUGGGCUGAGUUAAACCCUUCCUCCACACUCACCAAUAAUGACUCUGUGUGCGACGAUGAAUCACAGGCAGACCAGCAGAGCAUUGGACAAGUUGACCAAGUGCACAGGAAGACAAGGAAGAUGCUUUUGGUUGUGGCUUUGGUCUUCUUGCUGCUCAACCUACCGAGCCAUUUAAUUAGAGUCCAACACAAUGUAAGGGCCAUGUUUCAGUCCGAGUACCAACCAUCUAUGUCUGAGAUAUUCUGGCUUGAUGUCUUCAACACUAUACACUGGGUGAACUACGCCAUCAACUUUGUCCUGUACAGCGCCUGUACUAAGAGCUUUCGUCAAGUUCUGUAUGACGUCUUUUGGAAUUGUGUGCAGGGAAUAAAUGUGUUCUGCUACAAACGAAAUUGUCUACAACGUGCAAGAAACAAACCAAGUUCACAUUGCGUUGUGCCGAAGAUGGUAUCCGUACCAAAUGCUGAUAAAGUAGAUUGCCAUUUAUCCGCCAUGCAGUUCUCCCAGUUACAGUCACUGGAAAGUAGCUAUGUGUUUCAGUCGCCACCUUGUCCACUUAUUUACACAGGUAAUAACGGCAAUAAUGAUCAGUGA